AUGUCGACCGAAAAGGCUGAGAAGAAGCCAAUGCAGACCAAGAACAAGAUCUUGAUCGCCGCCGCCUCCAUCAUCGUCAUCGCCGGUAUCGCCGUCGGUAUCUACUUUGGAGUUCGCAAGAACGACAAUGCCAACGGUUCUUCCAGCAACUCGAGCAGCGGAAGCUCUAGCUCUUCUGCUGUUCCCUCUGUCACCACCUCUGCGGCCCCUCAACCUACGGGUGUUCUCCCUCCAGCGGGCCAGAACGGCACGAUGGUUAAUGGAACCUUAUUGCCUUACUACACCUUGACCGGCCCCGUCCCCGCUCCCAAGGCUACUGCUGGAACUGUCUACACCAACUGCGUUGAACCCGGUACUUACUCCAUCUCGUACGAUGACGGUCCAUCUGCUUACACCCAUUCGCUCCUCGACCUCCUUGACAAGGAGCAGAUCAAGGUCACCUUCUUUGUCAACGGUGACAAUGACGGCUGCAUCUACGACCCCACCGUCCGCUCCGUCAUCAAGCGCGCCUACGAAUCCGGCCACCAGAUCGCCUCCCACACCUGGUCCCACCCCCAAUUGACCACCCUCUCCGUCGAACAAAUCACCCUCCAAAUGACGCGCGUCGAGCAGGCCCUCCUCGACAUCCUUGGAAUCGUUCCCCGCUACAUGCGCCCCCCUUUCGGUGAUGGUACUUUUGGUAACGGAAACGCUAACGAUGUCAAGGUCCAGACGACGUUGAAGAAUAUGGGAUAUGUCAUUGCCACCUGGGACAUUGCGACAACUGAUGCCGAUAUUGACGACAACAAUGCGGUACACAAGUUGACCGACGAAGCCCUGGCCAAGGUUGAGCAAGGUGUUGUUACUUCUUCUGUCAGCGGUGCACCUGCUGGUGCUAACCACAUGCAGUUGAUGCACGAUACUUACCAGCGUACCGUUACCCAGUUGAGCCCCUGGUCGAUUACCUACAUCAAGGGUCUUAACUACAAGAUCGUCCCUGUCGCUGUUUGUCUCGGUGACUCUGACCCCAGAAACUGGUACCAGACCAUCACCACCCCUUCUGCCAACCCCCCAACCACCUGCACGAAAUAG